AUGCAGAGGUCUCAAUUUAUCCGAAGGGUCCAGCUGGCGGACUUGAAUGCCGCAAGUCGUCGCAGCACCGCAACUCCCGCUCUGCGACGAUGUCUCAGCCUCCAUCCUCCCAAGUUCGAAAAUGAGAAAUUUCUCGAUUAUGCCAAAGGUUCGCCCGAGAGGGCCGAGUUGACAAAGACCAUCAAGCGGAUGAAGAGCGCUUUUCCUCUCAACAUUCCCAUAUCCAUUAGCGGUGCAACAGUAAAAACGGAACAAACAAGGAAGCAAGAGAACCCAUCCUUCCACAAGGAGAUCGUCGCAGAAUAUGCCAUCGCCACCCCCGACCAUGUCAACGCAGCCAUCGAUGCUGCCCUGAACGCGAAGCCCGCCUGGGAGGCCAUGCCUUUUGAGGACCGAGCUGCCAUUUUUCUGCGCGCCUCAGAAUUGAUCGCUGGAAAGUACCGCUCUGAUAUCGUCGCGGCCACCAUGUUGGGCCAGGGCAAGAACAUCUGGCAAGCAGAGAUUGAAGCACCCAGCGAGACGGUGGAUUUUUUCCGGUACUAUAUCCAAGAGGCUUGGUCAUUGUUUGCGCAACAACCCAAGGUUCAGCCCUCAGGGCAAUGGAACAAGAUGGAGUACCGCCCGCUAGAAGGCUUCGUCUACGCGAUCGCUCCAUUCAACUUCACCGCACUCGGCGCCACCCUCGUUGGCCCUGCCGCUCUUUUGGGCAAUGUGGUCAUUUGGAAACCUUCCGAUUCGGCUCUUCAUUCUAGCUGGCUGUUGUAUCAGAUCCUGCUCGAGGCAGGUCUUCCGAAGGACGUCAUCCAGUUCAUUCCUGGCGACGCUGAGGAGGUCACCGACACAGUCCUCAAAAGGCCUGAGUUUGGCGCGCUGUCGUUCAUUGGGUCUACCCAGGUUUUCAAGGGAGUGCAAAAGAAGAUUGGAAACGGAAUCGGCGAUGGCAUCUACAACUCAUACCCCAGAGUCGUCGGCGAGACUGGUGGCAAGAACUGGGGAGUUGUUCAUUCAUCUGCCGACAUCAGGAGUGCUGCUCUCAAUACCAUUCGAGGUUCCUUUGAGUACCAGGGCCAAAAAUGCUCUGCAAACUCCAGGGUUUACGUCGCCGAAUCCGUUUGGCCCGAGUUCAAGAAGCAUCUACAAGACGAGGUUGCUGAGCUGAAGGUCGGCAAUGUUGAGAAUUACGAAAAUUUCAUCACCCCAGUUAUCCACGAGAGGUCUUUUGACAAACUGAAUCAGGUCAUUGAGGAUGCUAAGACUGAUCCCGAACUGGAGUUGGUGGUGGGAGGAAAAGCCUCGAAGGAGGAGGGCUACUUCGUCCACCCAACCAUCUAUCAAACAACCAACCCACGACAUGACAUUAUGUCUCGGGAGCUGUUUGGACCUAUCCUCGGAAUCUACGUUUUCCCGGAUAACAAGUGGGAGGAGACAUUAAAGACUAUUGACAGCACCUCUCGAUAUGCUCUGACCGGCAGUGUUUAUGCCACUGACCCCUACGCCUCUCGAACGGCGCAGACUAUCUUGAAGCACGCUGCCGGUAUGCUCUACCUUAACACUAAGUGUACCGGCUCGAUCGUGGCUCAGCAACCGUUUGGAGGCAGCCGUGACUCUGGUACCAACGAUAAGACAGGCACAAUGGCUCAUCUGCAGCGAUUUGUGAGUGUUCGGUCCAUCAAGGAGGAGUUCAUACCACUAGAAACGAUCCAGUAUCCUUCCAAUGUGGUUUAA